AUGGAUUGUAAAACACCAAAAGAAGCUUGGGACAAGCUCAAGGAAAUAUAUGCGGGUAGUGAUAGAACCAAGAAAAUGCAGAUUCUAAAUUUAAAGAGGCAAUUUCAAGUGUUGAAUAUGAAAGACAAUGAAUCCAUAAAGGAGUUUGCAGACAGGUUGAUGGAAGUUGUUAACAAAAUCAGACUUCUUGGUGAAGACUUGACCGAUGAAAGGGUGGUAGAAAAAGUUUUAGUGAGCUUGCCAGAGAGAUUUGAGUCUAAAAUUUCUUCACUUGAAGACUCAAAAGAUUUAACCAAGAUUUCUUUGGCUGAGCUUGUUCAUGCUUUUCAAGCUCAAGAGCAGAGAAGAUUAAUGAGACAAGAAACUAGUAAUGAAGGGGCUUUUCUUGCAAAGCAAAAGGGGAAGGUUCCUCAAGGUGGUGAGAAGAAGCACUUCAGUGAGAAGAAGCACUUUGGUGAGAAGAAGUACCUUGGUGAGAAGAAAGACAAGGAGAAGAAUAAGGGGCAAGGAAGCAAAAGUGGACAAAAGGUUUGUAAAAGCAAAGGAAAUCAGCAAAGACAACAAGCUCAGCUGGCAGAAAAUGAAUCUGAAGCAGAAGAGAAGUUGUUUGUUGUAACUUGUCAAGCAUCUGGUAACACCAACAACUUUUGGCUUGUUGAUAGUGGCUGCACAAGCCAUAUGACAUUUGAUGUUGAAGUUUUCAAGCAUUUAGACAUAACCUUUACCUCAAAAGUGAAAGUGGGCAAUGGAGAGUACCUCAAUGUAAAGGGAAAAGGUACAGCAUCCAUUAGCACACCAUCAGGUAUCAAGCUCAUUUCUGAUGUGCUUUAUGUACCUGAGAUAAGUCAAAAUCUUCUAAGUGUGGGUCAAAUGCUAGAGAAAGGUUUUUCCUUGCACUUUAACAAAAUGUCCUGCAUUAUUCAUGAUCCAACUGGUCAGCAUUUAAUGACCGUUGCCAUGAAAAACAAGAGUUUUCCAAUAGAUUGGAAACAAGCCUCUGUGCAUGCAUAUGCUAGUUCAGUUGAUGAUUCAUGCUUGUGGCAUAAAAGAUUUGGCCAUUCUAGCUACUCCACUUUAAAGCAAAUGCAUGAAAAGAACCUUGUUGCUGAUUUGCUUGCUAUAAAUGAUCGUUGUUCUUGUGUGUGA